CUUCCCCACUGCCCAGCAAUCCCCUGAGGCAAGAGCCAGGGCUGAGGCAAGUCCAGCCAGCAUCCUGGGAGGCAGCCAGGGAUGGGGCCGCUCAGGAAGUCCCAGACCCAGGCUGGGCAUAAAGGAGGGUCCCGCAGGCUGGGAGGAGGCUCACCUGGGCACCAUGGAGACCCAGAGGGCCAGCCUGUGCCUGGGGCGCUGGUCACUGUGGCUUCUGCUGCUGGCACUCGUGGUGCCCUCGGCCAGCGCCCAGGCCCUCAGCUACAGGGAGGCCGUGCUUCGUGCUGUGGAUCGCCUCAACGAGCAGUCCUCAGAAGCUAAUCUCUACCGCCUCCUGGAGCUGGACCAGCCGCCCAAGGCCGACGAGGACCCGGGCACCCCGAAACCUGUGAGCUUCACGGUGAAGGAGACUGUGUGUCCCAGGCCGACCCGGCGGCCCCCGGAGCUGUGUGACUUCAAGGAGAACGGGCGGGUGAAACAGUGUGUGGGGACAGUCACCCUGGAUCAGAUCAAGGACCCGCUCGACAUCACCUGCAAUGAGAUACAGAGUGUUGGUCUACUUAGCCGACUGCGUGAUUUCCUCAGUGAUCGUGGUCGGAGGCUUGGUGAAAAGAUUGAAAGAAUUGGUCAGAAAAUCAAAGAUUUAUCUGAGUUUUUUCAGUCCUAAGAUUCAGGCUAUCCUGGUUCAGACUUCUGUACUAUGAAAAAUAAAUUAUUCUGAAAACA